UGUUCAUUCUGAUAGCAAUUUCUCGACUACAUUAUCGUUUGUUCGGGUUUGUCAUGCCAUUAAAAAUCAGUUUUUAUCUAGAUUAAAAGUUACCUCUCUAUUCAGAAGAUUUCUUUGGUUAAGGGAAGACGUACUAUUCCGGCAUGGCGAUACGUUUAUCUUGUUUCCUUUCUAUCUCUGGUAGAAGAUUCUUCAGUUUUCUGUUGUAUCUCUUUAUUGUUGGUGUCAAAGCACAAGAUCGGAAGAUAACAUGCUCCAUUGAACCAGUGAAACUACACCAGGACACGGUCCUCACUUGCAAUUUCCCUGAGGACCUUAGUGUCACCCAAAAAGAAUUUACCGUCUACCAUUAUAAUAAAGGCCCUGAUUCAGAUUCUAAACUGGACUGCUGGUGGCUCAAAGGUUCUUUGCAUUGUACGAUUGGAUCAGACAUUGAGUUCAACGAGAUUGUCAGCAGGACUCUGAACCUAACCAUCAGAAACGUGACUUCGGAUCACACAGGCAGAUAUGCCUGUCAGGUGAACGGUUAUCAAGCCAGCGAUUUUCACACAUGCGACUUGAAACUAAAGAAUGGAAGCGACAGUUGCGACAUUACCUACGACAGAUCCGAACUUAAAGCAAGGCUGACCUGUUUUUCAAACAAAACCGACUCAUUGAUAGGAAGUAACAUCACUGUGUACAGGCAUGUUGGCAAAAAUAAAACAGGAAAGGAAGCAGGCCAUUCUUUGGAAAUUGGAUUAACAUUGGGAGUGCUGCUUUUGGCUGCAUUACUAACGGCGGGAAUCAUCAUGUUUGUGAGACAUAAACGAAACAAAUCAAUCCUGUGUUUUAUGGCUAAGCCCAAUACAGAACAAGCGGGUGAAGCAAGUCAAGAGAUGCUUGAACAUGAAGCCGUAGAGCGGACAAGUAACAACAAAGUGACAGAAGAGUUCAAAGAAUAUCUUUUAGACAAAGUGAAAAAAAUGUAUCCGAAAUAUCUCGAAUCUUUCUAUUUCGUGCCUCCAGUCUAUUUUAACAGAGGCCGAUACCAAAAACAGUGUCUGGAAGGUCACGAUGUGUACGUCCCUGACCCUCCUGACCCGAGUGACGUCAGACAUGACCAGGCCAUGCAGCGAGUGCUCCACUGUUUACGGCGCAUGGCGGAACAACAUGAGGAACAGAUGUUUGUCUUGACACAGUUCAAGUAUGAGGACUACUUGAACAGACCCAUUCGUCAAUACAAAAGAAACCAUUUGCCGAUGCCAUCAUCAUUGAAAGGAGUGGACAAGAGUGUCGGAUGUUUCGAUAUUCUCAUCGUGCAUCGACAUCAAGGGGUGUUGGUCUUGGUGGUCAAGGAAGCCGACCCACAGGAUGGUGAACAAGAUAAAGAGAUCUCUGCAAAACUUACAGAGGGCUUAAAACAGCUGAAAUUGGCAAAACGUAUGGUAAAACAUCUGUUACGAGAUCGGCCAAAAAUUCCAAAGAUUCAGCAAGCAGUGAUACUACCCAAUUGCAAUAGCGAGUCAUUAUCACAAGUCCUUGACAGAUCCACAAACCUUGAAAAGGAAAUUCGAGAAUAUCUCGAGCUGAAUGACUCGGAUGACCCCACUGUGCUGUUUCUGUGUGCCGAACAUCUGUCAGAACCAGAGAAACCUUGGGAUGUUUCUCUCGAUGUUGUUAAGAGUGUAGGAAACUGGUGGAACAAACUGAUGGGUGCCCCUCAUACUGACGAGGCUAUGACUGACGAUAUAUAUCAGAGUAUGAUAACCAGGUUUUGUGGGCCGGCAACUCGAUCUACCCUUCAGGCUACAGAUGGCUAUAAGCGCCUGGUACUUCCAAAGACGUUGGCAGAGGCCGUGUCUUUAACAGGAGACUUGUACAGACGCCAGGUGUUAUAUCCAGACAUGAUUAAACUGUUACAAGAGCCGAAAAUGUUUCUUGCUGGACCACGAAGUACUGGAAAAACAACAAUGCUUACAAUAACUGGCACGAAAUGGUUGAGAAGCGGGAAAAAUGUUUUUAUUGUAAAAGACUCUUCUUCGAAGGGCUGUUCCUUUUUUUCACAUAUCCAUGAGUCACUAGAGAAGAAACUUGUUAAAAACUUUACGUUUGGUAGAAGCAACGGUCACGUUAUUCACGCUGAUUGUGACUUUAGCUCAGAAGAAGGCAGAGACAACUGCAUCAAAGACAUUAUGAGCCAAACAACAGACACUAAACACCUCUGUGUCCUAAUUGAAGCGCAUCCUGAAGGAAAAAACGAAAAAGAGUUUUGUGAACAACUUAUUGACAAAGCUGAAGACAUUUGCUUGUGGAUUGUCAGUCAUGAUACUAAUGAUUGCCCAGUCAUGGGGAAAAGUCACAGCAAAACUUUGACCACAGCUCUAAACUGCCCACCUGCUGUAGUGAGAGAAGUGGGCCAAAAAAGCAACCUAGGAUACUCAAAUAAAUAUGAGUUUCCUCCCCCUACAGACGGUCCGCCAGUUAAACAUGUCUACCACAGUUUGGAGGACCAUCGCCAACAGUCAGACUGUUGUUGGACGUGCGGGAAUGAGGUGGGAAGAUUUCUCUCAGAAAUCUUUUCAGAACAAGAAUCUGUAGUCCCCCAGGAACCGAAGCAUCGCGUUAAAAGGAACCUGAUAACGCACACAACCAUGCAAACGUCUUCUCUUCGAUACAAAGAUGUUCUGAUUGUUUUCGAAUGCAGCUUCAAGGACGACGACAACUUCUUGAAUGCGUUAAGACACUCAAAUAUCCCAGUGCGGACUCUAGAAAACCAUGAAGCAUCCACUGACGACGACAAGACGGCUUAUGCUAUGAGUGUCACUGACAUGCAGGUGUACAGGCCCAAAAGGAAAAUAGUUGUGUACGUUGAAAUGGAUGAGCAGAUUGAUUAUUCAGAGUACAAAGAGAGAGCCUUAGCAAGCUGUACAUCGCAGCUCAUUCUAGUGCAUUGUAAGGAAACAUAGUUUUACCUUGUAUUCUGUUUUUAAAUGCAAAAAUGCGCGAUUUAAAACGGAAUGAUGAUGAUGAUGAUGAUGAUGAUGAUGAUGAUGAUGAUGAUGAUGAUGAUGAUGAUGAUGAUGAUGAUGAUGAUGAUGAUGAUGAUGAUGAAGGUGUCAGAAGAUGAGCGAAGAGGUACGGUGUAUAGAUAGAAAUGAGUUCAGAGAGGUACCAAGGACUAAUGUCGCAAAGGUAUUAAUUUAAUUUUACUCCUGUCCUAAAUGCGAAGGUGAUGUUUAAAGAGGCAUGUCCUGAAUAAGUAAUGUUCUGCAGGGACAUAGUUUGCUGCCAAAAAAUACAGACAGGUGUUCAGCGUAUAAGGUUGAUAUUCGUUUUUCGUUGGACUCUUAAGUAAUCAAAACAUUUUAGAAUCGCUGAAAAAACUCAAGUGAGGAUUCAAGUCGACAGAGGCCCUUUAAUAUUUAUUUCCAUUCAUGGCAGAAAGAAAUUACAUUACUCGUGCUAUUUAUGAUUAUUUAGGGGAGUACUGCAAGGGCACUGAAACUGUUAAAUAUAUUUAAUUAAUGUAUAUUUUUCUUUCUAACCAAUCAGCUAGUUUUAUAAUGUGAUACCAUUUGUCACGGCAUAACAAUUUUUUUUAAAACUUAAACAAAUAUAAAAAAAAACUCUCAAAGUAAUGCAACAGAGUAACGUGAUACCUGACUUAAGAAAAUAAAUUAUAGAUUUUAAUUAAUGUUUCCAGAACUCCAAACCAAAUAUGCAUAUCUCCGCCUUUAAUUCUGCGUUCUAUUAAGAAUGUAAAUGAAGCCAUAUGACGAAUUUGUUAUUGAUUAAGAAUGGAUGCUGUUUAAUUGAAAGCACAAAUUUAAAAAAAAGUAUAACAACUUCUUACAAGUGUCCCGUUCUCGCUUAUUCAAGUUGUUUAAACAGAAGUGUUCGUAUAUAAUAGACAACAGAUUAAAGUGUUAGCAAAAAAAUCAUUUGAAUUUGAAAUAACUCGGUAAGUUAAUCAAACGGGAAAUGCAAUACAGCUUUUAGAAUCGAGAAUUUUAAUACUCAUUUGAAAAUAUCAAGUAUUCUUAUGUACCUUUUAUUAGUCGUGCAUUGAGAGUCUUUUAUUUUUUUCUUUGUAUGUUAGUCACACAGCUUUUUUGUCCAUGAUAGGAAAAAAAUGUUUAACAGGUCUGCAUAUAUUUGUUCCUAGGCGAUUGUCUUAAACACGUUUGGCCUCUUUGUGAUUUGAAAUUUGUCAGAAAAGUGUUCCUCACUUUGUCCAGACAUGUUUUUGCACAAGACUUUGCUUUAUUGAGUUUAAUUAAGGAAUGGUAACGCUAUGUGGGAGUGACAUUCAUGCAGGCACUUGAAAUCAGUUGUAGCCUCAUCCGUCCUCCUGCUCAACCAUAGAUGACAUGUCAGUUGUGUGUGUGUGGGUGAGUGUGUCAAACUUUAGAUUUCUCUUAAAAAUGGCUUUAGAUGUGUGGUGCGCGUGUUUUUCUAUUUUGCUAGUAUUUACCAUCUGCUUCUUUUUCCAUUUAACUUACUACCGGGACUUACAACUCAAAAAAUGAGGGAGACACAAAGCAAGACGCCAUAGCUACUUUUCUGACAUGUGUAACUUUGUGCUUCUGUGUGUACAACGAACCGUGUGUAGUUGUGCUUGAAAAGAUUUUUUGUAGGUAUUAAACAUUAUACAGUCAUAAAACUAUUAUUACAAAAAAAAAUGUUUAAGUUGAACACACUACUAUCUCACAACCAAGCAAGCCAAAAAGCUGGUUAUUGGUAAUAAAUGUGUAGGGUGGUGUCUGAAUAACACAGGAAACAUUAUUAUCUUCUAUCAUUAUUAUUUGCUAAUUUAUAUCAUCUAGUGCAUCACCUGCAUCGUGUGCUAAAUCCCUGAUGUAAGUUUGCAAUUCUGUGCUCAGAGUACUGGAGGAAAAAACUAUUUUAAUUCAAAUGUGAUACUGGAUCCUGUAGCUGGUUUUCUAAUUGUUAAACUACUUUACAAAAACACAGAUUAAUAAAGAAAUAAAUGCUUUUACUUGUUUCACUCUGGUCCAAAAAAUAUGUUGCGUACCUGGAAUGACAGAAAAAUAUGAUAGUAUCGCAGUAAAUAUUCCCAUCAAACCUUGAUAAAGUGUGACAGCUUGUAAUGACUCACCAUAUCCUGGACAAAUUUGUAGGUCCUGACUUGUUUUUUACGCAAACCAUGAUUUCUUCAGUCUGUUAGAUGAUAUAUAUGCACGAUGAAUGGAACAUGUUCAUGUACAAAGUGGGAUGCAAUCCCAGACUCCCUUAAGCUAUUAUUGAAAUGUUGUUUCUGUCAUUCACUUCGUUCUAA